AUGAAUUUGGGUGAUGAUGAUUUUGACUUUCAUAUUUUGGGGGAUCCUGAAUCAUUGUCGGAUGAUCUUGAGCCCACAAACGGAUCCUCCCCACUACAUAUCACCACCCGAAGCCCAACAACUACCACUUUAGAGCCUGCUCCCAUUAUUCCUCCCGCAGCCAAUGAAUCACAGUCUGGCCCAACUGUUGAACAAAGUCUAGUUACACCCACAUCUCCACACCACCUUCCAUCUACAAGGGGGACAGACAGGGCUGCUCUGGACGCUAUCGAUGACCCUCACAUGGGACGUGGAUUCCGUGAAAAAAUGAUCUUCCAGAUGUUAGGAAUUUUCUUCAAAUGGAAGCUUAUGCAAAGGUUUCAAUCCAAAACCACCAAGAAAACCCCAGCUGACAUGGAAGGUGAGAAAAACCCUGUAUGGAAUUUUCCCAUCGAGACUCUUGAAGACAGAUUUAUUGAAGUGAAUUUACCAUUGAAAGAGCUUUUUGAUAAUGGAUCAAGUGCUCAAAAUAUGAGCUAUGCUAUCGCAGGAACCCCUGAAGGAAGACUGAGUAUUUCGUACAGAUUUGGUGAUAGGAUUUUAGUUAAGAAACCUUCUGGUUGGAACGAGGCACCUUCUGGUUGGCUCAAGGCACUAGAGAUUCUAAGGAUGCAGUUGUCGUUGAUGACGGUGAUGUUUUCUACAAUUUCCCUGAUUCAGAUGGAGGAAUAA